CGCGUACUCUUUGUAUGGCAUGAAAACAUAUUUUCUUCGACAUCACCCUGCAGAGAGCAUUGAUUGAUCUCUCUAUUUCUCUCUCUCUCUUUCUCUUUCUCUCCCCCAUUUGCGGUUCUCUUUGUGGGGAGACUUCAACGCAGUAUUUCUCGCACAUAUACUCUCGUUCGCACUUUCGGAUGGGUUGCUUCGAUCCCAGCAGCUCCCGGUUCAUUCAUUUGUUUUCUGCUGUUCGCGAGAUUUAGUAAGCGCACGCACGCCAGCCGUCCGGACAGUAUCUCGGUAUCCGUUAUUUGUGGUUAGCCUCUAUCCCAGGUCCGGUUCUAUUUUGUUUUUUUUUUUAUCUUUUUGCACCACCGUGUGCGUGUGUGUUCUCUUUUUCGCUACGUUUCUUCGUUUGUCGGUGGUGAUUUGUUGGUUUUUUGUUUGUUUGUUCCGUGAAAUUCAUCCAGUGUGCAGCGAGAAGAAGAAGCUGAAGCAUAUCAUCUGUCUGCGUGUGGCCAGCUAUCACUCCAGGUCCCGAAGUGGAGGGUUGUGUGUGGGUUUUUUUGUGUUUCUGUAGUGUAGUUGCCAGAUUGGUGUGCCAAAGAUCAGAUUCGUCGAGUUGAGCGGAAAUUGUUGACUACUAAUUGUAUCUUAACGACUGCCUUACGGUACGUGGAAUAUAGCUGGAAGGAGAAUCGGGAAAAAGGGAGGAAACAACUUUUAAAGUUCGUCAAUUUCGUGGCGAACAAUCUCAUCACCUCGGGCGAUUAGAAGACGAGGAUCCGGCACAGGUCUCACAGGCGACGUUCCGACCGACACAGAUCAUGCAGUGUAGCGUUGAAACCAUGAACGAUUGCGAGCGAUCCCCCGGCCGCACUGGACUGCGCGUCAACUUUACCGAGAAGGGCGAGGUCAAGGAGCGCCGGGAGAAGUUCCUCACAGCAAAGUACGGUUCGCACCAGAUGAGUCUGAUCCGGAAACGGCUAGCGGUGGAGAUGUGGCUGUACGACGAGCUGCAGAAACUGUUCGAUCCUCCCACAGAAGCAAUCGACGUGGACAUCGACGAGAUUCUAGACAUGGACACCGAUGACAUAAGAAGAUCGCAUUUGUUCAGCCUGCUUUCCGCAUGCAAACGACCACCGCAAGACAUAUCGAAAUUCAUUAGCGAUCUUUUGGAUAGGGCCAAAACACUCUGAGCUGGACUGGUCAUUUCAGUUUAAAUGUAGCGUUUAAUUAAUUUAAUGUAUUAUCAUUUAACGACGUCACCAACCUACCAUUGCUGCUACCAUGGCACAAAAAAAAACCCCGAGAUUCCGAGGUCCUCCAUCCAUCUGUUUCUGUGAUUCUGGCACAAAGCGUCACGUUACGGGGCUGCCGGUCCGACCGAUCUAAGCUUUAUUAGCGUGCGUUUUAGCAACAGUUACACGAUUACAUCAACAUUGUGUAAGUGCAUAAAAUGUUAGCGAGACAAAAAACAAAAACAAAACUCGCCCCCGAACGUUGUGUUUCGUACAUUGUAUUGAAACUGUUUGGGCAAUAGGGAGGAUACAUUAUGGAACAGUUAAAAACGCACGAUACACGUCUUUCGUUUUACAAGAUACAAACCAGUUUAGGGACAAGGGUGUGUGUGUAUGUGUAGGAACGGUAUUAAACGAUACAAAAAGUACAGCUUCAUGCAUCAGGCAGCAUAAGAAAAAAAAAUGAAACGCAACCAGAAGCAACGGUAGGAUAAAAGUGUGGGUGAAGAGAAAGAUUUAAUUUUUCUCCAAAGAAUACUUUAAACAAGCAACAAGCAUAGACAUAACCACAGCACGUGGGACAGAUGUAAGGGAAACGUAUGCUCGGACAGUUACGAUACAAAAGCUAAAACUCUACUAUAAAGAAGGAAAAAAAAACAAACAAUAAUAAUGAUCAUAGACGAUGAUGUAGGAACAGAAUACAAAUUAUGAUGUAAGUUUAAAAGUAGUAAUCGUAAUCGUAAUCGUUUUUUUUUGUAUUUGGGUUAAGUUUACAUCUAGCAUUUAGUUUACUAAGGUUGUUAAGGAACCCUUUUUUUAUUGUAAGAUUCUCACGUUCGAGUUUUAAUCCUUCGAAAUCAAAAUACAAAAAUGUUCCGACACUUUUAAUGGUACACUGCCAAUUAUCAGACCUUCAGAAGAACCAACUGCUCGGCAAGUAGCGGAAGAAGCGGACGCAUGUUUUCCACGUCGUUGAGCUAAAUCACGAGUUGGUUCAGGGUAGCAUUUUGAUUCUGUUUUUUGCGUUUAUUGCUCAGUGAAAAGAAGACGAAAUGUAUUACAUUUGCGUAAAUUUAUUAUCACUUUUAUUAUUCUUACUUAUUCGCUUUUUAUUCGUUCAAAUCUCAGUCAAUAAAAAUGAUUAGUUACAUCAAUUCCGAUAAUAAAAGAACACCAACGUUCAUUCUAAUAAGAGUAUGUCGUACUGUUGUCCCUUUUGUGCAGGUUAUCUAUGAUCAUAAAUGUUGAUCUAUUGUUACUUAUUCAACUUACAAAUACUUUCGAUCACUCUUCUGUGUUCGAUAGUAACGUAAUACUAAUAGCCAAUAGAAGCAUGAUCAUGAUCAUUAAUAACGUGCAAAAAUUAGACAACUGUAUAAAAUACUAUGGUGGAACACGAACGAUGAUUUAACGGUUCAUUUGAAUUUUUGACAAUGACGUUUAGUAGUGACAUACUAACAGCCAAUUGACGAUGAUUUCAACGAAUGGAAAGCGAGAUAAAAAGGAAAGGAUUCAAUGCUGUAUGAUGUGAUAAUACAUUUGCGUUGAUAAGCAUUUUCUUGUUUUGACUGUAGAACAACAACAAAGCAGAACUAAAAUGGUAAUACAAUGUGGUGUGUCCUUUUUGGGCCAAAGCUUGAGCUUUAGUUUUCCAGUAAUUUAUCAUGCGCAAGUAACUCCCGUGCACUGGCUCAGUAACACACUAACCCCCGGGAAAAUAAAUUAUCGCAACAUAUUGGUUGUUCUGCAACACUUACUCUCACGCUCAAGGUAUGCAAGUGGGUGGUGUUUCUAUGUUUCAUUCAGAUAGACUUGCGACCAGAACAGACAUAAACACACUCUUAAGUAAACUGUCGUUAGCACAUUACAACAUCUAAUGCUUACACUAGGCAACUCAAAUUGCUCAAUCAACAAUGUAACAUGGAAGUAUUAUGCUGCAAUGAUGUAAAAAGUGUUGAUAAUGCAAGAUGUUCAGUUGAGUAUCAACGAGUUUGUGCACACGGAACGUAUUCUAAGUAGAAACAAGAUCGUUUAAACACAGUGAUAAACCGAAACACGAGCGCCAGAAUGUUUAGAGUAAUGAAAACGAAAUAUAAAGAAAUAUGUUGGGACAAAACUUUUGAAUGAUAACGACAAAGCGAUUCAUUUUGAAAAAAAAACAAACACACAAACAAAAUAUUCAACAUACACAAAAUGUAGAAAGAUCGCUGGAUCAGACAUAGUGGCGACAGCUUCAUACUGACACGAUGAUUUAACGCAGAGCGCAAUGUAGUAAGAUUGUACUUUACUGGCAUUAGCGUUGAUUUUAGUACCGCCAAACAUACGACACACGUGGCAGAAGUUUCAUAUCCUGUGUUUGCUCUCAUACAUAUUAUUCACCACAAGAACAGUCGCAUACUCUCAUCUUCAUAUCACAUCAUAUCUUAAGAAAGCUGUUACACUAUACUAUUUGUUCGCGUUCGGACGUUAACCGUGCUGGGGGAUGAUUGUAGCUUUUUCUUGUCGCAAUCUUAACUAUACAUCUAGAAAAUCUUAACCAUUACUCAAGUGUGUUGUUUCCUAGAAUAAUUUUCUUUCUGUAAGGCAUGUGCACACCUAAAUACACACGCGUGAACUAUGUGUUUGUCCAGUAGAAACGAUCGUGCAGACGAUCACAUAGCAGCGCAUCAACCAAAAUCAACGUGAGGUCGAACUCCUAAAGCAAUCCUGCCGUGUGUUUAACGAUGGUAGUUUACAUUUUGUGAAACAGUGUAACAAAAAAUGAAAUAAAAGAGGAAUUUAAACGAUGUAGCGUCCGUCUACAUUCGGAUGUAUUGCAUAUUAUGCUUGGUUUUUUUUUCUCUCAACUGCAUUACACCAUUAGAUUCUUCUGUCACGAUCGCACGUAAAUUGCAGUAGAACUCUAGCAGAUGUGGACAAAAAGUGCGUAACAUUGUAUGUGCUAGAGUGCUUUAAAAAAGUGAGUUGCACGAGUAAAGGUUGUGUAGAAGAAAGAUACAUUUUGCGUCUAUGUGUGUUCGCGUUCACCCGAAUCGGAAAAGCAACAACGCCGCAAAACGCUAGUUAUGCAAAACGUGCUUUGUGAACGAAUACUUAUUUCCUGUAGGGAAUCCAAAACCGACUUGCAAUCCUAAUAAAUGCACCGAUCUUCCAAUCUUUGGAUGUUUGUGCUACGACUGGUCAAUAGUGCGAUCCUAGAAAAGACAGCCAAUUUAGUUAGAGUAGGAAAGUUUAGCGCUAUGUCCAGCAGCCAAUAUGCAUCCUAACCACACAUGUAUGGACGAGUUGCGUAGAUAAGGGACAGGACAUGUAAUAAACAUUUACAGAAAUGUG